UCGUGUUUGUGGAGCAACUGUCACGAGGAACUCGCGUUCGACACAGAAGUCCUUUCUCUGUGUCGGAGACGCGGAUUACCCACGUCGGUGGUCGUAUCGAACCCGUCUCUCUUCUCCGUUUCUCUUUCCCUCUUCCAAAACACCUGGUCGAUUCGAGCCAGACGUCCUCUUCUCCGCCGAUCCUUUCGUCCUUGUGGACUUCCGUCGGAUCGGUUGUGUUCUUGAUCGGAGCUGCGAUCCGUCGGAUUAGGUGUUCCGGUGGUCGACUUCUGCUGUGAAUCUGGAAUUUUGGAAUACAGGAAGCUGGUUGCUGGUCGAUUCGAGUGCUUUUUAUUGUUGUUAUCUGGAUUUCGUGGGUGUAAUUGAUUGGGAUUCGCCGUAAGAUCUUGAUUUGUGAAUAUGGAUCAAAGCCGGAGAGCUGUGGAAGCGUAUUGGAGAACUCGCAUGGUUGAUGGGGUGACCUCGGACGAAGAUAAGGUCGCUCCAGUAUACAAGUUGGAGGAGGUUUGUGAGCUUCUGCGAAUUUCGCCUGCGGGCAUUGUGAAGGAGGUCUCUGACUACGUUCUCAAACGGCUGGAUCACAAGAGCCCAGUAGUGAAGCAAAAGGCUCUUCGGCUGAUCAAGUAUGCAGUGGGAAAAUCUGGAAAUGAGUUCAAGAGGGAAAUGCAGAGGCACUCGGUAGCAAUGCGUCAGCUGUUCCAUUAUAAAGGUCAAUUAGAUCCGCUGAAAGGAGAUGCUCUUAACCAGGCUGUCCGUGACACUGCUCAUGAGGCAAUUGCUGCCAUCUUCGUUUCUGAGGACAACAAGGGAGUGACACCUGUGCAAGGCCUCAAUAAGCGCAUCGAAGGCUUCGGAAAUACAAAUUUUGAGGUUCCAGCUGGAGAGAAAAGAUCGUUUCUCAGUGAAGUGGUUGAUCUUGGCAGUGCCUCCAUCAAGCAGGGACUUAGCACCAUUGCUGCUGCUCAUUCUUCGAGGAAAAAUGAUACUGGCAGUUAUAAGAGCCCUAACCUCAGAAGGUCUUUAACAACAGAAGUAGAUGGUCGUAAUGAAUAUGGAGGAAAUGAACAUCAGAGAGAAAGUUGGGAAGUUUCUGAGAUCUCAAAAAGAAACUCCGGAACAUGGAGCCCUGGUUCGAGAGUGAGCGAAACCACUUCUGUGGCAAAUGAGGACACAAGUUCAAGUAAUGCAGAGGUAAAAACUCGUGAGGGAAGGCUUCUGGAGACAAUUGUUACAUCUGGAGGUGUACGUCUACAACCAACUCGUGAUGCAUUGCAGGCUUUUCUUGCAGAGGCUGCAAGGUUGGAUGGAGUGGCCAUAAGUCGUGCCCUGGAGAUAAAACUCCAAUCACAUUUGUGGCAGGUCAGGAUGAAGGCUAUGUGUGUCUUGGAGUCGAUCUUAAGGAAAAAAGAUGAUGAGCACUUCUUUAAGAUAGUGUCUUAUUUUACUGAAAACAAGGAUUCUGUGGUCAAAUGUUCAGAGUUACCACAAGCUUCUUUGAGGGAGAAGGCAAUAAAGGUUUUAAGUCUUCUUGAUGGCGAGCAAACUCCCGGAUUAAGAGGAGAGCCAUCCAAUGGGAAAGUUAAACCUGCCCCUGUCGUUCAAAUGCCUGACUUAAUUGAUACCGGUGAGCUUGAUGAUUAUGGCAGUCAUGAUUCCAUGGAGAAGCAGCAUGAACAAUGUGCAGCAAAGUUGAAGCCAUCUGAUUCUUUGGUCGAUGAUCUAUUUGAAAGUGAUUCUAUUGCUGAUUUAAGUACCACCAACAAUCAAAAUCAAGAUGAUCCAUUUGCAGAUGUAUCCUUCCAUGUGACUGGGGAUAAGGAGCAGAAUGACCUUUUCUCUGGAUUGACAGUUGAUGAUAAGAAGUCAGAUAUUGCUCUUAAUUUUCCUGAAAUUAAGAAUCCUGACUUGUUGGAUGUUUUUGGUGCAAAUUCUGAGCAGCUCGAAGAGGAAGCAGGAAAGGGUAGAAGCAAUGUACAAAAUUUGAUGGCUGGGUUGACUCUCAGCGGCAUGAUUCAAGAAAAUGAACAACCUGGAUUUCUGCCCAAUAGCAGUCAACUGGGCCAGAUGCCUACAAAUGGAGCCAUGAACAUUAAUUUGGAUUUGAACGCCAUGUAUCCGCAGGUUCCUAUGCAGUAUGGAAUAUCUCCAAACAUCAUGUUCAAUCAAGGUUUUGCUAGCCAGUCAAUGAAUUAUGGCACAAUGGGUGCAUUUAUUGCUCAACAGCAGCUUUUAUUGCAAAACCUUGGAAGUCUCAACUCUGGAUUUGGACAUACUACUGGAAAUGCCGUGGAGGGAAGUAAUUCUUUUUCAUUUCCCGAUAUCUUUCAACUUUCGAAUAAUCCAGUACAAAGCCAUGCUUCAGUUGUGAAAAGCCCAAAGGCAGAGACUAAAGCUUUUGAUUUUAUAUCGGAUCACGUUGCUGCAGCCCGAGGUUCAAAAAGGGUCACUUGAUUCUGUCGUUGAUCCGUGGAAGCUGGGAGAAUCCUCGACUCAAGAGAUCAGUGCGGCAAGUCAUUCUUUUGCAAUAAUAUUUCUCCAUGCCUCGAGCCACAUGAGUUUCAUCCUUUUGUCCCCUUUCCUAUUGUAUUGCAGCACAGCCGGAAACAUACUUAGUUGUAGCUCUUGGAUGCUGGGUUUCGUUUCGUGUUCUACUUGGUGUUAAUUCUCUCUCUUCAAUAAGUUGCGGCUGGGGCUUAAAUGAACUAAUGCAGAGAAUAAUCUUAAAUGGAAUAAAAUGUUCAGAAUUCUCCCUUGAA